GAGAGAGAGAGAGAGAGAGAGAGAGAGAGAGAGAGAGAGAGAAUGACUGUCUUAGAUUCUCCUCUCGAAGCUCUCGCAUUCAACUACGUGAGCUUCGGCUUCUUCACCAUCGUCAACAAUCUAUGGACGUGGAUCGCCGUCGUCACCGCCGCCGUCAGCGUCUGGAGGAUCAGAGCCGCCGGCGAAGUUUCUCGCUGCUCGGAGCCGUCAGUUUCGCCUCCGCACGACGAUCGGAAUUCAAAUAGACCUUUGCCGCCGUGCGCGACGGAGGAGAAACCGGCGUCGACUCCAAUUCCAGCGAAGGCUCCGGCGAAUAGCGUUGAAGAAACUGAAAUUGUUGGAGCGACGAAAGGAGGGAAGUUUUCUCUGUAUUACGACGACGUCGACGGCGAGUUAACGGAAGAGUACGAGGAGGCGAUUGACGGCGAGAUGACGGUGACGGAGGAGAGUGACGGGGGUGAGGAAUGGUGGGGGAUUUGGGAGAGAGUGUUGAGGACGAGAAUGGGGAAGACGGGUUGGUACCGUUACCAGGACCUGACGGAGCUCAACGGAAAUGUUGUGAGGUUAUGGGAUGGUGAUUGUAGAAGUAGGGAAGGAAGGUCCUGCUACUGCGACCCAAAACGCUGCGUUUUGUGGUAGACGUACAAAAAUGCUCCUCUUAGCAUAUUUAGGAUGUUACUUGAAAAUUUUUAGCUCUUGGGUUGUUGAAAUAAUUAUGUAGAGUUGUAUACAUAUUUUGUUGUAUGGAGUUUAAAAACAUCCAAAUCCAAUGCAUUGAUCAAAAAGCUUUGCGGUUUUGGUUUUCAUU